AUGCUACAGAACAUGACGCAUGCGGUCAACAGCUGCCGUCUCGUCUCCCUGGAUGUGGAGGCGAUGUUCCCGUCAAUACCUACUCAGACAGCCAUCUCACUGAUUCGUACUCAGCUGCGAGACAACAGAGACGCCCUCUCCGACGUAACUUGUCUCAAGCCCGACGCAGUCGCUGACCUGCUGAACAUCUCUAUCCAGAACUGCCAUGCGGUCAUUCAAGACGGUGACAAGGAGCGAUGGUUCAGGCAGACUACCGGCCUAGCCAUGGGCAAAAGCUACUCUCCGGUGGUCGCUGACCUGUACAUGGGUCACUGGGAGGCUGAUCUGGAGCUCCUGGCGGCCAACUGUGGUGGCAGGGUCCAUGCUUUCUGCCGAUACGCGGACGACUACCUGGUCUUGUUCGAGGGCAGUGACGACAUCCUCAGCACGUGGGUCAACCAGCUGAACAGCAAGGACUCCAGCAUCAAUGUCACCACUGACUUGGAAGUAAACCGACAGCUACCGUAUCUUGACAUCUGCAUCACUAGAAGAGACGACAAGUUCUGCACCAAGGUCUACAGGAAGUCCUGCAACACCAACCAAGUGCCUGCCUUCAGCUCCUACACCGAGACCCGCUACCUGAGAGCGGCCAUUCGAUCUGACUGCACUCGAGCGAUCCGAUACUGUUCGUCCAUGAGAGACCGCCAGCAGGAGCUUGACUUCAUCCGCCAGAAGUUUCAUCAUCAUGGCUACCCACGAUCAUUCAUCGACUCGGCCAUUCAGAAGACUCGGACCGAUCUCAGACUGAAGGCAAGGGCCCUACCAGCGCCACCUAGCGCGAACUCACACCCGGCGCCUGUCCGAGUCUCUGUUCCGUUUGCCGGCCCCCUGUUCUACCAACUCAAACGGGAGGCCAGCAAGAUCGGGAUCCAGCUCGUCUCCAAGCCUUCAGUCACCAUCGGCUCGCUGCUCUGCAGCAAGGCUAAGCACCAUCUGCCUAAGCUACAACAGAGCAACGUCAUCUAUCGGAUCGAGUGCUCCUGCCAACGGGGGCCGGUGGAUAAUGGGAUUAUCCCCCGGAGUUGA